AUGAAAGAUUAAACCUGGAGAGAAAAAUUGAUCAGAGAAAAGAAUACCAGAAGGUCUUUUAUGAUAUUAGAUCAUCGUAAGUUUCGUUAAUAAAAUCAUUAUCACAGGGAAAUCAAAGAUGAACUAUUCAAAAUAGAGUAAUUAAGACAAAAAAAUGAAAUUAGAAAUGACUAAAUGCUGCAAAAAGUGUAGGAAACACUAAAUCAAACCUUUGAAAACUAGAACAUCUAAAAAUCUCGCUACUAAUUAGAGGAGGCUAAAAAAACUUUCUUAAGAGAAUUGAAUAAAAGAGAUCCAUCAUGGAGAGAAAAACUUAGAGCAAGAAAACUUGAGGAAAUCAAAAGAAUGGAAUUAGCUAAAGACAGAUUAGGUAGGGACUUAGCAGAGAGAUAGAGACAGUUAGAAGAAGAGACCUAUUUGAAUGACUAACUACGUCGAAUGAGAGACGAGUAUGAUGAGAAGUAAUAUGAGGUAGCUGAUAUUGAGAGAAAGCGCCGUGCCUUAGUAAUUUAAGAAGAAAUAGGCAAAAAGCAAAGAGAGUUAGAGCAAGUAGAGAGGUAGCUAGACGAAGAAAAACGAUAAGAGUAGUAAAUGAUUAAUAACGAGCAGAGAUAUAAAGAUGUAGAUAAAUAAGUGAUGUAGGAAAAUACCAAUCCUAAUAAAUAUGCUCCUGUUGCAAAGCCCCCAAUUGUCAAUUAGCAAUAAUUUGACAAUCAAAGAUAGAAGUAGGGAUCUUUUGGAGUUACCUAAACAUAAUAAUAAAUCCAUGAUCAAAAGAAGAACCAAUAAAAGCAUUAGUAAUCUUAAGAGGAGUUAAAGCAUAACUAAAACCAAAGAAGAGAGAAUGAUAACUCCAUAAGUCAGCAAUAAAACUAACAAAAAUUUGACUUUAACAUGGCUAAUGAAAAAGAUGAGUCUAAAGAAGAGGAUAGUCAUGAUCAAGAUAAAUCUUUCAAUAAGAUGGCAAGCAUGAGUUACAAUCAGAAAACUUAGGAUAACAGAUAAAACAGCAAUAAAAACAUACUUUCACCUUCAAAAUCUAUAUAAGAUGAAUAAGUUGAUGAAGAUUAUGAUGACUUUUUAAAUAGAAAAGCAAGUGAGGUAGACAAUAAUUCAUCAAAACAAUAAAAGCAUAGUCAAAACCCUGCAGGUUAAAGGAAUUCAACCCAGGGAUCUAAACAAUCAAAGAAAUAAAUAGACCCUUUUAUCAAGCCAACUGAGAUAAUCUAGCACUAGGAAGGAAGAUUAGACUUUGAAGAUGAAGAGGAAAUUGAUGAAGACGAGGAUUAAGAAUAUGAUGAAGAAGAUGAAUGGGAAAACCCUUAAUAACAAAAUAAUGAUACAAAGCAUUAAUAGAAUAAUCAAUAGCAGCAGCAAUAAAAUCAACAGAAACAGUAAGAUUUUAAGCAAAACUUAGAGCCUGAUGAGGAUGAAGAAGAAGAGUUUGAAGAGGAAUAGGAUAACGAAAAUAUAAAGGCUACUGAUUUGUAUAUAAAGAUUGUCAAUAAUAAGAUUGCUGAUUCCUUUUUUGCAUUAACAGAAUUACAAAGAUAGACUGCUCUUGACCUCAUACUUUAGCAUCUAUUGAACAAUGUAGAAAACGGUUCAUAGUUUUAGGCUUUUGAUAAUGAGUACUCCUCAAGAUAUGAUUCACAUAAAAUCAAGGUAGUGAAUCUGUAUAAUGAAGAAAUUGAAGAGUUUAGUGAAAGUGAAUAUGACAUUGAAAUGCCAAUAGUUUGCGAUUUAGUGCUUGAUCUAUUAAGAUACUAUCCCAAGGCCAUUAUUGACGCAGUCAAUGUAAUCUCUGAUUAUAAGAAAUCAAUAAAAUAAGGUUAGCUAUAUACUUUGCAAAAAUUCCAGGAAAAAGUCUAUCUCUCAGAGUACAAGGAUCUUUUCAAGCUUUUCUUUAAAGUUAUAGCACUAUUUAGAGAGAAGAAAAUCAUCAAAAGUACACUGAAUGCUUCUUAAUUGAUAGCUGAGAGUAUUUUAAGAAACGAUCAAGCAACUCUAUAGAGUGAAAUUGCAAAUAUUAUGAAGUAUCUAAUUGAUAACCAAGGCAAAAAAUAAGGAGCAAACGCUAUGCAAUCAGAAGUAGUGGCAGUAAAUUACGCUUAAGAUGACAGAAAAAAUAAGAAGGAUUAGGUAAUAAGUAUCUAAGAGUAGAAUGAUGAGAGAGAAAAUUACGUAAUAGAUAUUCAAGAUGAGCAAAGGAUUGAAUAUGCUUAGCGACUUAAAGAAAAAAUUGAAAAGAAGAUCUAAGCAGAUUCAUACUCUUAACCAAUUUACUCUGCUUUCACACUUUCAAAUCCUUAGAAUCUGAUGGACAUUGCUGAGCAAAUACAAUAAUAUAGAUCUAUCCCUAAUGAUAAAGAUGUUCAUGAACUAGGAGGAGUUUUGUUGUUCCUAAUGAUGUCUAGAUUACAAAGAAAUAUUCACGAAAAAGAUUUAGUAUUCUUGGAAGAUAGUGCAGAUUUAAAUGAUUUUAAGGGCCUCUUCAGAGAUCAAUUUGUGAAGAAACUUUUUGAUAUAAUGAUGAAACAUUUCAUAUUCUGCAUUAAGAAAAAGGUUGCUAAGUAAAAGGACAUAGAAAGCUUAUUUGUUCAAGCAGUGAUCAACUUUGAGUGCACAGAUGCCGACUAUAACAUUAUAAAGAAACAAAUUUCUGAUCAAAUAAGCAGAGCCCUUGGAUAUGAAAACUAUUCAGGCAACAAUAAUCAGAACUCUCUAAAUGCAGGAAACGAUUUCUUUUCUUAACAAUUCCUUAUGAAAAAGUCCAAAUAAGGAUCACUCUAGAAUAGUGAAAAGAUGGGAGGCUUUUAGACUUUUUCUCCUAACAGUAAUAUUCAGUUAAAGGAAUUCUAGGACCCUGAGCUUGACGAUUAUAUUUGA